UUUUGUUCGAGGUCAUGUGCAUAGUACUUUGUCACUUAACUAAUCAUAAGGGAUUGAGACAAGAGCCUUUGCAGAGCGUCAUCAGAUUCGGGUCAGCGUGCCAACAGAGAAUACCAGUCACUGUGUGGUUGAAGCAAGACUUGGAUUGACUCAUGGUAUGAAGUUGAAAGCGGUACAGAAAAUUGAUGGAUGGAUGAAGUUGAGCAUGACCCCAGAAUCCAAUUCAGACUACUGUUUUUUGUUUUGUUUUGUUUUUUCACAGUAUUGUUGCCAAGAAAUUACUGUAAUUCAAUUUUACAGUAACUUAAGAUAAGUGACGUUGUAAAGGCAGAUAUGUAGAUGUGACCCACCUCGCCUCGGUGCUCCCAGGUACUUAAGCAGUCCAACUCGCUCCAGUCGGAGUCAAAUACGGAUCCUGUGGUGGAACUCACGUUUUUGAUUUACCGAAGAACAAAAAGGUUGGUUACAGCCCCGAUGGCCUUUCUUGAAGUGCAAAAGAAAGAAUCGGCAACACAUGAUAAUAUUCUCACGUUGGAUGCGGUCCAAAACUGUUUGGUGCGGCCUCUAUGCAAGGAUAUAGUGCCAGGAAGUGGAAAUGCUGGGGGAGGGGCGUGGACCCAGCUGCGCAUAGAAAUAAAUGCUCAAAAUACAACAUAAUAAGCAACGAAUUAAAGGGGUUACCACCCAAAAAUAUAACGUAAGAAAUAUGGCUCCUACAGACGACCUGCUUAUUUAUUUAUUCAUUCAUUCAUUUUCUGUAGUCGCGUGCAUGCUGGAGCCUAUCCCAGCCAUCUUCGGGCGAGAGGCGGGGUACACCCUGAACUGGUCGCCGGCCAAUCGCAGGGUAAACAAACAACCAUCCGCAGUCACAUUCACGCCUACGGGCAAUUUAGUCUUCAAUUAACCUACCGUGCAUGUUUUGGGGAUGUGGGAGGAAACUGGAGUCCCCGGCACAGGGGGGGGGGGACAUGCAAACUCCACACAGGUGAGGCCAGAUUUGAACCCGGGUCCUCAGAACUGUGAUGCGGACGUGCUAACCGGUCGUCCACCGUGCCGCCAUUUAUUUAUUUCCUUAGAGUUGUACAUUCCCCCCCUCAAACACACAUUAGUUCGGGUCGCCUAUGUUUUGAAACAUGAGGCCAUGACGUGGUCUAUUUAAGCCCAACUCCAUCCCUUAUUCACAUUCACAAUUAGCUGUGAAAACCAAAGCCAAAAUGAAGACAUUCACAUAGCGUCCCCCUUUUGGGCGGUGCGCGCUCCCGAUGGCAGGCAGGCGCGUUCUGGAGCUGACUUCCUUGCACUCGCGCGCGCGCAUCAUCAGGUGGCUAUUGCGUUGCUCCAAGCCUGCGCCAACUGACCCCAGAGCAGCGGUCAUUUCCAAGCCCUGCCUUUUCCUCUCCUCUCCCUCCUCCAGCUCUCAGCAUCGCCGGUUAUCCUCCUGCUUUCUCUUCGUGCGACCCCUCCCCCCCCAAAUAUCCUCUCUCGGGAAAAAAAAAAAACCUGUUCCCACAACGUGACGCUGAGCAACAUCCUUUUGAAGAAGGACGAUUUGCGGAGUUGUGGCCGCCAGUUUUGUCAUCGCAGGUGUCGCCUCCGUCCGAGACUCAGCGGCAUGUUGGAUCCGUCUUCCAGCGAGGAGGAAGGGGACGAGAUCCCGGAGGUGCAGCGCAAAGAGGUGGCGGCCCCCAAGAACCUCAAAGGAGCGCGGUCUUCGCCCAGCCGUGACGCCGACGGUCACGGCGGCGCGGGGGGGCUCCAGCCCCGGGGCCGAGCCGCGAGCCCCAGCCCGUCGGUGGGAAGCGACAAGGAGAAGGAGGAUCUCGAGAAGAUGCAGAGGGAGGAAGAGGAGAGGAAAAAGAGACUCCAGCUCUACGUGUUUGUGAUGCGCUGCAUCGCAUAUCCGUUCAACGCCAAACAACCCACUGACAUGGCCAGAAGGCAGCAGAAGAUCAGUAAGCAGCAGCUGCAGACAGUCAAAGAGCGUUUUGAGGCAUUCCUCAAUGGCGAAACACAGAUUGUAGCCGAUGAGGCCUUCAUCAAUGCUGUCCAGAGCUACUAUGAGGUGUUCCUGAAAAGUGACCGAGUGUCUCGAAUGGUACAGAGUGGUGGCUGCUCAGCCAGUGACUCUCGAGAAGUUUUUAAAAAGCACAUUGAGAAGCGUGUGCGCAGUUUACCAGAAAUUGAUGGGUUGAGUAAAGAGACCGUCCUCAGCUCUUGGAUCGCUAAGUUUGACACCAUCUACCGUGGUGAGGAGGACCCAAGGAAACACCAACAGAGAAUGACUGCCAGCGCUGCCUCCGAACUGAUCCUCAGCAAAGACCAACUAUAUGAGAUGUUUCAACAGAUUUUAGGUAUCAAGAAGUUUGAGCACCAACUCCUAUAUAAUGCCUGCCAGCUGGACAAUCCUGAUGAGCAGGCAGCCCAGAUCAGAAGAGAGUUGGAUGGACGUUUACAAAUGGCAGACCAGAUCACCCGUCUCGGCGGAAGAUUCCCUCACUUUGCCUCAAGGGAGAUGGAGGCCAUGUUCAUUGAAGAGCUGCGGUCAUCAGUCAACUUGCUGAUGGCCAACCUGGAGAGCAUGCCAGUGUCUAAAGGUGGAGAAUUUAAGUUGCAGAAACUGAAACGAGGUCACAACACAUCUAUCAUGGACAUGGGACAGGAGGAUGAGAACACCCUUUCUAAAUCAGACGUGGUGCUAUCGUUUACCUUGGAGGUGGUCAUUAUGGAGGUGCAGGGUCUUAAGUCUUUGGCUCCAAACAGAGUCGUGUACUGCACCAUGGAGGUGGAGGGAGGGCACAAACUGCAGACAGACCAGGCUGAAGCUUCUAAACCCACUUGGGGAACCCAGGGGGAUUUCACAACAACACAGCCCUUACCUGCUGUUAAAGUGAAGCUCUUCACCGAAAGCACCGGAGUGCUGGCCCUAGAGGAUAAGGAGCUUGGAAGGGUUGUGCUCCAUCCAACUCCUAACAGUCACAAGCAGUCGGAGCUGCACAAGUUGUCAGUUUCUAAAGGCUGCCCAGAUAUUGACCUGAAGAUCAAAUUGGCCAUUCGCAUGGAUAAACCCCAGAACAUGAAGCAUUGUGGGUACUUGUGGGCCAUUGGCAAAAAUGUAUGGAAAAGAUGGAAGAAACGAUUCUUUGUUCUAGUUCAGGUGAGUCAGUACACAUUCGCGAUGUGCAGCUACAGAGAAAAGAAGGCAGAACCAGUAGAGCUGCUCCAACUGGAUGGCUACACUGUGGACUACACUGACCCUCAGCCAGGCCUGGAUGGUGGUCGGACUUUCUUUAAUGCUGUGAAAGAGGGCGACACUGUAAUCUUUGCCAGUGAUGAUGAGCAGGACCGGAUUCUAUGGGUACAGGCAAUGUACCGGGCCACCGGGCAGUCUCACAAGCCAAUUCCCCCCACCCAAGUCCAGAAACUAAACUCUCGAGGGGGUACAACGCCACAGCUUGACGCACCAAUAUCUCAGUUCUAUGCGGAUCGAGCCCAGAAGCAUGGCAUGGAUGACUUUAUUUCGGCCAAUCCAUGUAACUUUGACCAUGCCUCACUCUUUGAACUGGUCCAGCGUCUCACUUUAGAUCACAGACUCAAUGACUCUUACUCCUGUCUGGGCUGGUUCAGUCCUGGUCAGGUUUUUGUCUUGGACGAGUACUGCGCUCGCUACGGAGUUCGAGGCUGUCAUCGCCACUUGUGUUACCUGGGUGACCUAUUGGAGAGGGCGGAGAAUGGAGCCAUGAUUGACCCAACGCUUCUACAUUACAGCUUUGCUUUCUGUGCUUCCCACGUCCAUGGAAAUAGUCAGCGUGUGUCAGAACUGUUAAACUGGCCAGUGUCAGAGGCUGAACUACAGCAAGGGCUUUUCCCCUCUUCCCCUGAGCCCUCUCCCCAAAGCAUUAGGAAAGAACUCAAAAUCAUUGAGUUCAUGAAGAAAAAGGAUCUCAGGUCCCCACUUUUCCCAGGACCAAAAAGACCGGACGGUAUUGGUACUGUAACUGUGGAGGAAAAGGAACGUUUUGAGGAGAUCAAAGAAAGGCUUCGCGUGCUAUUGGAAAACCAGAUUACACAUUUCCGGUACUGCUUUCCAUUUGGACGACCAGAGGGUGCACUGAAAGCAACUCUAUCUUUGCUUGAAAGGGUUUUGAUGAAAGAUGUUGUGACCCCGGUUCCACAAGAAGAAGUCAAAGCUGUGAUCCGUAAGUGUCUGGAGCAAGCAGCUCUGAUCAAUUACCAGCGCCUGUCAGAGUACGCUAAACUGGAAGGGAAAAAGAGAGAGAUGUAUGAGCAUCCUGUCUUCUGCUUGGCGUCUCAAGUGAUGGAUUUAACCAUUCAAAAUGUUGGCCGGUUGGUCACUCCUGCAAAAAAACUUGAGGACACCAUUCGUUUGGCUGAGCUUGUAAUCGAGGUACUGCAGCAGAAUGAGGAGCACCAUGCUGAGGCCUUUGCAUGGUGGUCAGACCUGAUGGUGGAGCAUGCCGAGACCUUCCUGUGUCUCUACUCGACUGACAUGGAUGCUGCUCUUGAGGUUCAGCCACCUGACAGCUGGGACAGUUUCCCCCUCUUUCAACUACUUAACGACUUCCUGAAGAUGGACUAUAACCUUUGCAAUGGAAAGUUCCACAAACACCUGCAAGACCUGUAUGCCCCCCUGGUGGUGCGUUACGUGGACCUGAUGGAGUCCUCCAUUGCUCAGUCCAUUCACAGAGGCUUUGAAAGGGAAUCUUGGGAACCUGUCAAGAGUAUAGCUAGCACUCUGCCAAAUGUCAAUCUUCAAAUGCCAAAAGUACCAAAUAUAACAGUGCCAAGUGUUAAUCUUGCACAAAUGCCCAGCUUUUCUCCCCCCAACUGGAUGACUUCAAAUGAUGACUCAGACAAUGGCUCAGGGACGUCAGAGGAUCUCUUUUGGAAAUUGGAUGCUCUGCAGACCUUCAUCCGAGAUCUCCACUGGCCAGAAGAAGAGUUUGGAAAACACCUGGAAACCAGACUGAAACUCAUGUCCAGUGAUAUGAUUGAAUCCUGUAUAAAAAGAACGCGCGCAGCAUUUGAAGCCAAGCUUCAGAGGAGCAGCCGGACUACAGACUUCAGAGUGCCGCAGUCUAUCUGCACCAUGUUUAAUGUCAUGGUGGAUGCCAAGGCCCAAUCUGCCAAGCUGUGUGCCAUGGACCUGGAUCAAGAGUUUGUUCGAGACUGGAGACAAUACCAUUCCCAAAUUGACAAUCUCAUUGAGGAAAUGGUGAAGGAGAUGAUAACCCUGCUGGUAGCAAAGUUUGUGGUUAUUCUGGAGAGUGUCUUAGCAAAACUCUCCAGAUACGAUGAGGGAACGCUCUUUUCUUCUUUCCUUUCUUUCACAGUGAAAGCUGCCUCAAAAUAUGUGGACGUACCUAAGCCAGGAAUGGAUGUGGCUGACGGUUAUGUGACCUUUGUUCGACACUCCCAGGACAUGCUGCGGGAGAAAGUUAAUGAGGAAGUGUACAUUGAAAGAUUGUUUGAUCAAUGGUACACCAGCACAAUGAACCUCAUUGGAACAUGGCUUACGGACCGCAUGGACCUGCAACUACAUAUCUAUCAGUUGAAAAUUCUCAUCAGAAUUGUCAAGAAAAAGUACCGUGACUUCCGCCUACAAGGGGUUCUGGACUCCACGUUAAACAGUAAGACGUACGAAACUGUUCGAAAUCGUCUGACCUUAGAAGAAGCCACUGCAUCAGUGAGGGAGGGAGGGAUGCAAGGCAUUUCGAUGAAGGACAGUGAUGAAGAGAGCAGCGAUAACUAAAUGAAGACGACAACAACGUCAAAGCGGAUCAGCAAUAUGCUGCCUAAGAACACACACAGCCUUCCUGAGGUCAAAACACAUUGGCCCAACGAUUGACAUCACUUGCUUUGUGAGGUUUUUGUUCUCUGUUCCUGUAAGUUUAUUGUUUGUCAGAAAUAAUACAAAGGAAAAUGCAUCUUGUGCUUGAAACACUUGAAAGAUGUCUACUCAAGUACUUGAGUAGACUUAAGAUUUAACAACAAAAUAUGAAUCACCAAACAGUUGUAAAGGAAAAAAAUAGUAGCAAAACUUAAAUGGUUACUGUAAACAGCACAAGGUAAUUCAAUACAAGCUGACCGGACAAGACUACAUAUGUUAUGUUCAGGAGUAUUAAAGUAUUGUGUCAGUGUCGAAUAUCAAAUCUAUUCUUGAAUUGUCACCUAUUAAUAUUGAAAUCGCUUCAGUGAAAAUAGCACUGGUAAAAAUGGGUACUACUGGUAAUAAUUUGACAUCAAGUCUGCAGGAAAAAUUGUUUUGAAUUUAUUUAGUUUAUUUCUUGUUUUGUGUCUCUAAACUUCCAAAUGUUUUCAUGCAAUAUGUUAUGACACUAGUUGAGUCUGAAUUAACAGCACCUCUGCUAUUAGUUGCAGCUGAGUAGUUUACUACAUUUUGCCUUAAUUGCCUGAAUACACAAUAAAUCAAGGCCACAAAAUCAAUUGAUUUCUUAAUAAACAAUCACUUACUCUUCCCAUUCUAAGCCCAGAAACAUACAUUCAGGGAAAUCAUUUCUGCCGGACUAUCACAAAAUAGCACCAUAAAGACCAUCUUUAUUUAGUUUUUAUAAUUUUUAUUUUAUUUAGUAUUAUUAGUAGUAUCAACGUGACACAUGGUAAAAUACAGAUAGGCAACAAUUUAAAUGCUAUGGUGGUAUAUGGGUCGUUUUCAUAUAAUUUGAUCAAUAACUGUAAAGACUCUUGUAAAAAAAAAAAAAAAAAAUACCACUCUAAUUUAGCAAUUCUUUUGUGCUGCCUGGUUUUAUAUGAGUAAAUGUCUCCCAUGCUGAAACAGCCAUGCUAAAAAGUCAAAUUUUCAAAAGAUUAUUGAUGAUUUAAAUUUUACGCAUUCAUAGUAAAGGCCUUCCUUAUUGACAGAGUAAAUGGUGGUGGCCCAUUGAAAUACACUUUUUUUCUUAUAACGGAAAAGAUACACAGCUUCAUGAAAAAUGGGUUGCCCUUCAAGCACUGUGGAUACAUGUGCAUAAAUGAUGCAUGUCUUUACCGUUAUUGAUCAAAUUAUAUGAAAAUUACGCAUACAUUCAGUGAAAUCAUAGGAGGAUGUUUUAUUUUAUUUUUUAUUUUUUUCUGGCUGACUAUCACAAAAGAACACUAUAAAGACAUUCUUAGAUUACUAGUCUCUAAAUUUCCCGUAGGUUUGAAUGUGAGUGCGAAUGGUUGCUUGUUUAUAUGUGCCCUGCGAUUGGCUGGCGACCAGUUCAGGGUGUACCCCGCCUCUCGCCCGAAGAUAGCUGGGAUAGGCUCCAGCACGCCCGCGACCCGAGUGAGGAUAAGCGGCACAGAAAAUGGAUGGAUGGAUGGACAGAUUACUAGUACUAACAAAGUGACACAUGGUAAAAUACAGAUGAACAACAAUUUAAGUGUGUUGGUAACCAUUUUGGUAAUAGCAGGCAAAAACAACAUUUUUCAUGGGGAAAACAAUUCGACUCAAAUUAAUACACCGUGGCAGGGGUGAGUGAAAUAACUAUUAUUUACCGUAUUUUAAUUCAAACUAUUGUCAGUUUUUAGUAAUUGCCACAAGAUGUUUGAUUAGAAAUGUUUUUGCAUUCACAUUUUUAAAUUCAGAUAUCAGGUUCUUCUUAGUGCUGAAAUCAACACAGACUACCUACUGUUGGACUCAUGCAUUGCUAAAACCACUGCCAAUACCCCUGUUAUAUAACAAAUAAGUUAGUGAGGCAAUACCCGAAUUAGCUUUUACUUACAUCUUUGCUUUAAUGAUACAGACCUGUAUUCAUUUUUACCAUGUUUAAUUUCAAACCUUUUUUUGUAGUCUAAUGCCCUUUUGUGCAACAUUUUUAUGCACCCUUCUUUUCCAGAAUGACGGGAUGACUGGAGGGGGAAGUUAUUUAAAUGGAUAAUGGGAAGUGGUGUCUUUUGGUAUUUUAACUUCUGUGAGUGUUACUUUCCUGUAAAAGUGCUGCAUGUAAUCGGUAUUCACUUUUCCAAAUGUUCUUGCUCCAUUAUGUGUUACAGAUUUGCGUUUGUCCUGCUUCUGACACCAGGCAGAAUGCAUCGAUAUAAAGAGCAUUUGAAUAAAGGUGAAUUACAAACUGAA